AAAGAAAUACGUAGAUCCACAAUCACUUUUUUUUCUCUCCUUUCUGCAAUGGUGCUGCAGUAUUCCUUGGCUCUCACCAUUUUCAUUCUCUUCCUCUCUUUGGUUUGGCUGUUGAAGGCAUGUAAAAGAAGAUCCAAGCUCCAGAAGUUGCCCCCGGGGCCAUGGAAGUUACCUCUCAUAGGAAACUUGCACAACUUGGUAGGAUCACUGCCACACCAUGCUCUCCAAGAACUAGCAAGGAAACAUGGAGAUCUCAUGCACCUACAACUGGGUGAAAUUUCUGCAGUUGUGGCAUCAUCCCCUAGGAUGGCCAAAGAGUUCAUGAAAACACAUGACCUUGCCUUUGCACAGAGGCCAGAGUUUCUUGUUCCUAAAAUUAUGUUCUAUGGUGGCUCAGACAUUGCCUUCUCUCCAUACGGUAAUUAUUGGAGGCAAAUGAGAAAAGUAUGUGUAUUGGAGCUCCUAAGUGCCAAGAGGGUCCAAUCCUUUUCUUCUCUUAGAGAAGAAGAGGUUCAUACUCUCAUUGAGUCAAUCCAUUUAUCUUCAGGAUCUGCAAUAGAUUUUAGUCAACAUAUUUCCACUUUGACAAGUAACAUUGUAUCUAGAGCAGCAUUCGGGAGCAAAUGCAGAGACCAAGAUGAAUUUCGAUCGUUGACCAGGGAAUUUGUAUCAUUGUCAGGAGGAUUUGAGUUGGCUGAUUUGUUCCCUUCACAGAAAUUUGUUCAUGUGAUUAGUGGGGUGAAAGCUAAACUAGAGAAGAUCCAUGGGAAGAUUGACAAGAUCCUGGAGAACAUCAUCCAUGAGCAUAAGGAGAACCUGAUGAGUACAUCAACUGAGCAGGAAGAUCUUGUUGAUGUCAUUUUAGGCCUUCAGCAAAGUGGUACACUUGAGUUCCCAAUCACAACCAACAACAUCAAGGCCAUCAUUUUGGAUAUAUUUAGUGGUGGAGUUGACACUUCAUCUACAACAAUAGAGUGGGCUAUGUCAGAAAUGAUGAGAAACCCUAGAGUGUUGAAGAAGGCACAAGUUGAGAUAAGACAAGCCUUAAAAGGGAAGAAAAAAAUCCAUGAAAAAGACCUUCAAAAUCUAAGUUACUUGACCUCAGUGAUCAAAGAAACUCUAAGAUUACACCCUGCUGGUGCUUUGUUACUCCCAAGAGAAUGUGGAGAGGCAUGCGAAAUUGAUGGAUAUAAAAUACCCAUCAAAACCAAAGUCAUCAUAAAUGCAUGGGCAAUUGGAAGAGAUCCUGCAUAUUGGCAAGAAGCUGAGAGCUUUAUACCAGAGAGGUUUGCUAGCAAUUCAAUUGAUUUUAAAGGGACCCACUUUGAGUAUAUCCCUUUCGGGGCAGGAAGGAGGAUGUGCCCAGGAGUGUUAUUUGCUUUAGCCAAUGUUGAACUUCCUCUUGCUCAGCUCCUUUAUCAAUUUGACUGGAAACUCCCCGGCACGAUGAAACCAGAGGAUUUGGACAUGAUUGAAGACUUUGGUGCUGUUGUUAGAAGGAAAAACAACUUGUGUUUGAUUCCUACUUCACUUGCCCUUUGAGGCAUUGUAACCUGACAAUUACUCUGUUUUUUUAAGAAUAAGUGUUGUGAAACAAUAUAAAAAGUGAGAAUAAUUAACCAAUGAUAAU